AUGCUCUGGGCGGAGAUGGACGUUGAUCAAUCGGCCGUUGGGCAUCAUCGAGCCCGGUGGUGUCUGGAGGGGCAUGCGCUUCGUGCAGAACUUUUGGCUCUUGCAUCUGAGCUUCCCUCAUUUUUCACAAGGAUAACAGCCGAUAUUAUUCAACUGAAGGAGCCCUAUGAGUAUUACAUUCACUUUCGUAAUUAUAUCCAUCAGAAUAAGAAUCUCUCUGGAAGACCGUUGCCCUUGCUCUCCCUAUUAAUCGAAAAAGGUCCUUCUCUGACGGCGUUUGAGUUCAAGUAUGGUAUAACUCCAACAAAAAUCGAAUUGCCAUCUUAUGAUCUGUUAUUGAAGGAGGAUGAGAAGAAAUCUGAUGACGAAAUUGAUUUUGGUGAUGAUGAUAUUGAUUUUGGCAAUGACGAUGAGAUAAACAUUUCUGUAGAAGAUGCACACAUUGACGUUGUGGCUGACACCAAAGGUGCCGUUGGAGAAUCAGUCGCAGUUGGCGAGGAUGCGCUGGGGGUUGUGGAGAAUAUGGAAACACAAAAGGUUAUGAAAAAUGAACUAAACGAGUUGUUAGCAUUUCUCACGAUGCGAAAUGAAGACGAAAAGCGAGAUACUUCAUCAGAUGUUUUCAUAAGAGGAUUUGAAAAGAGGCCUGCUGAAAUUAGCAAGAUAUCGCCUCCGCAGAUUGGAGAAUGGAUUUCGCAGAUAAAGUCUAUAAUUGAUCAGUUGUCGGAUUCACAGAAGAUUCAUUUAUUCCGUAUUAGGACUUCGCCACAGUGA